CUCCGCCCCCCUCCUCCUUCACUCAGCUGCCAUUUUGGUUUUGUUCCCGUCUGCGGCGAUACCAGGAAGAAGGAACAGCCGCUCAGAGUGACUCGACACUUGGUCGAAACCUGCGACGGCGCUCCCGGGCCGACGCGUUUCUCCACUACACGUCGGCGCUUUCAGAACUACGUUUCCGUUUUUGCUUGGAGGAGGCGGGUGACUGUGACAAAGCCGGAUUUAUAUAGAAGGGAGGUUUGCAGGCGCUGAGGGAGGACAGAGAAGGAAUAUUGAUGUCCAGUUCGCCGCUGUCCAAGAAGCGUCGCGUGUCAGAAUCAGAGACGAAGACGGAAUCCCACAGCUCCUCCUCCAACUGUGUCAGCAGUGAACUGUCCCACACACCCACCAACGGCAUGGCUAGAAAUGGGAAUGAAGCUGACAUCGACGAAGGACUCUACUCCAGGCAGCUCUAUGUUUUGGGGCACGAUGCCAUGAAACGCAUGCAGACCUCCAAUGUCCUGAUAUCUGGGCUGCGUGGUCUGGGUGUGGAGAUCGCCAAGAACGUCAUCCUGGGAGGGGUCAGGAGCGUGACCUUGCACGACCAGGGCCUCGCCGAAUGGAGGGAUCUGUCAUCGCAGUUCUACCUACGUGAGGAUGACCUGGGCAAGAACCGUGCUGAGGUCAGUCAGCCUCGCCUGGCAGAGCUCAACAGCUAUGUACCCGUGGUGGCUUACACCGGCGUCCUAACCGAGGACUACCUGAGCCAGUUCCAGGUGGUGGUGCUGACCAACUCCAGCUUGGAUGAGCAGCUGCGCAUUGGGGAGCUCUGCCAUGGCAAAGGGAUCAAGCUCAUUGUGGCCGAUACUCGUGGCCUGUUUGGCCAGCUGUUUUGUGACUUUGGUGAAGAGAUGACAGUGUUCGACACCAAUGGGGAGCAGCCCCUCAGUGCCAUGAUCUCCAUGAUCACCAAGGACAACCCAGGUGUGGUGACCUGCCUGGAUGAGUCCCGUCACGGCUUUGAGAGCGGUGACUACAUCACCUUCACCGAGGUGCAGGGCAUGACUGAGCUGAAUGGCUGCACACCCAUGGAGAUCAAAGCCCUGGGUCCAUAUACCUUCAGUAUCUGUGACACCAGCUCCUUUUCCGAAUACAUCCGUGGAGGGAUCGUCUCCCAGGUCAAGAUGCCCAAGAAGAUCAGCUUUAAAUCGCUGCCGGCCUCGCUGUCGGAGCCAGAGUUUCUGCUCACCGACUUCGCCAAGUUUGAGCGUCCAGGCCAGCUGCACUUGGGCUUCCAGGCGCUGCACGCUUUCGAAAAGCAGCACGGCCGCGUCCCCAAACCCUGGAGCCAGUCAGAUGCAGAUGAACUGGUAUCUCUGGCUAAAGAAGUCAACGCAGCCCAAUCAGGCAGUGCCAAGCAGGAGCAGCUGGACAAAGGCCUCCUGCAGAAGCUGGCAUAUGUGGCAGCCGGUGACCUGGCCCCUGUCAAUGCCUUCAUCGGCGGUCUGGCAGCCCAGGAGGUCAUGAAGGCCUGCACCGGGAAGUUUAUGCCCGUCAUGCAGUGGCUCUACUUUGACGCCCUGGAGUGCCUGUCUGAGGAAGAGGGCGCGUUGCUUUCUGAGGAGGAGUGUGCGCCUAGGAAUUGUCGAUACGAUGGACAGAUUGCUGUGUUUGGCUCCAAGCUGCAAGAGUUGUUGUCCAAACAGAGGUAUUUCCUGGUUGGGGCAGGUGCCAUAGGCUGUGAGCUCCUGAAGAACUUUGCCAUGAUGGGACUGGCCAGUGGGGAUGGCGAAGUGAUCGUCACCGACAUGGACACCAUCGAGAAGUCCAACCUCAAUCGCCAGUUCCUCUUCAGGCCGUGGGAUGUCACGAAGAUGAAGAGUGAGACAGCAGCUGCCGCCGUCAAGCAGAUGAACCCAUCCAUCCGCAUCACGGGCCACCAGAACCGGGUCGGACCCGACACGGAGAGGGUCUACGAUGAUGACUUCUUCGAAAGCCUGCAUGGUGUGGCCAACGCCCUGGACAACGUCGACGCACGCAUGUAUGUAGACCGGCGCUGUGUCUACUACCGGAAGCCUCUCCUGGAGUCAGGCACUCUGGGCACCAAGGGCAACGUGCAGGUCGUGAUUCCCUUCCUGACUGAGUCCUACAGUUCAAGCCAGGACCCCCCCGAGAAGUCCAUCCCCAUCUGCACGCUGAAGAACUUCCCCAACGCCAUAGAGCACACACUGCAGUGGGCACGUGACGAGUUUGAGGGUCUCUUCAAGCAGCCAGCAGAGAAUGCCAUGCAGUACCUGACAGACCCCAAGUUUAUGGAGCGUACGCUGAAGCUGCCUGGAGCCCAGCCACUGGAGGUGCUGGAGGCCGUGUAUAGGACUUUGGUGACAGACUGCCCCCGCAGCUGGGAGGACUGCGUGGCCUGGGCCCGCAACCACUGGCAGGUCCAGUACAAUAACAACGUCCGGCAGCUGUUGCACAACUUCCCCCCGGACCAGGUCACCAGCUCCGGGGCCCCAUUUUGGUCAGGUCCAAAGAGAUGUCCUCACCCACUCGAAUUCAGCACCGACAACCUGCUGCACAUGGACUACAUCAUGGCCGCAGCCAACCUGUUCGCACAGACCUACGGGCUGCCGGGGAGCAGCGACCGUGCCGCCGUGGCCCAAAUCCUUCAGGAGGUCAAGGUGCCCACCUUCACUCCCCGGUCAGGGGUCAAAAUCCAUGUAUCAGACCAGGAGCUGCAGAAUGCCAACGCCUCUGUGGAUGAUUCCCGGCUGGAGGAGCUGAAGUCUCUGUUGCCAACCCCAGAGACUGUGUCUCAGUUCAAACUCUGUGCCAUCGACUUUGAAAAGGAUGACGACACCAAUUUUCACAUGGACUUCAUCGUCGCUGCUUCCAAUCUGAGGGCGGAGAACUACGACAUUCCGCCUGCCGACAGGCACAAGAGUAAGCUGAUAGCUGGGAAGAUCAUCCCAGCGAUCGCCACGACGACGGCAGCGGUGGUGGGCUUGGUGUGUCUGGAGAUGUUGAAGGUUGUUCAGGGUCAUCGACGCCUUGAGUCCUACAAGAACGGUUUCAUGAACCUGGCGCUGCCCUUUUUCGCCUUCUCGGAGCCCAUCGCUGCCCCCACUCACAAGUACUAUGAGGUGAGCUGGACACUGUGGGACCGUUUUGAGGUGACCGGUGUGCCGCCUGGUGGGGAGGAGAUGACCCUUCGGCAGUUCCUGGACUACUUUAAGAAUGAGCACAAGCUGGAAAUCACCAUGCUGUCCCAGGGUGUGUCUAUGCUCUACUCCUUCUUCAUGCCCGCUGCCAAGCUGAAGGAGAGGCUGGACUUGCCGAUGACCGAGAUCGUGACCAAGGUGUCAAAGAAGAAGCUGGGCAAGCAUGUGCGGGCCUUGGUGUUCGAGCUCUGCUGCAACGACCUCAACGACGAAGACGUGGAGGUCCCUUAUGUCCAAUACACCAUCCGCUGAGGCGUGGGGGGGCCGGGGGGUGGGAAUGGGAGGGCGGGUCAGAUUUAUAGGAGAAAUGGAGUGGUUGGUGCCCGAACCCGCUCGUCAAACUGAGCUGGGUGGGACGAGGGUUUUCCCAGGUGAUGACAACAGUGGAGAGAAGCAUGUAUCUUUUAAGCUGUUUUCUUCCCUGUGCUUACACAUUCCCUCAAACUGACACCAGUCACAGAAGCCGUGGAUUGAACAGAAACUCCUCUUUAAAUUUAUCCCAGAAUGCAGGAAGCAGCCUUCCGCUUUUACUCGGUGUUCGGAGCAGCAGAGCCCCAAAUAUUAGUGACAGGAAGUCUUAAAAUACAUCUUCGUUUUCCAUCUCAAACAUCGCUGAAUUCUGGUAGUAAAGUGGACAGUUCAGCCGUCAGAUUUGUCACAGUGCUUAAGUUCUGGUCAAAGUUUAAAACCUGCUGCUCGCAACACAUUUUCUGUUUGAGGCCCACCUCAACUUCCUCCCCUCCACCCCUCCAUGAGCAGAGGAGUCAGUUGGAUCUGUGAAUAUUUCUUGUCCUAUCAUCGCUGUUUGGUGCAGGGCUUGGGAUGUGGUACACAUCGAGUUUUUGUUAUUUUAUUUUCAGGACCUCCUACCAUCCAUCUUGUAGAACAUGAACCACUUGCGCUUUCUACUUUAACACUCUAAAAUGUUAAAAUAAAAUUAAGGUUUUAGGUUAUUUUGUGAGCACUUAGUGUGAUUAAUAAAGUUGUAAGAUGGA